GGCGCCAGAGGCGGUGUCAGGGGAGGAGGUGGCUCCAGAGAUGGCAGUGAGCGAGAGGAGGGGGCUCGCCCUCCGCAGCCCCGCGGAGUGGGGACACCGGCUACUUCUGCUGCUGCUGUUGGGCGGCUGCUCUGGGCGCAUCCACCGGCUAACGCUGACAGGGGAGAAGCGAGCAGACAUUCAGCUGAACAGUUUCGGCUUCUACACCAACGGCUCCCUGGAGGUGGACCUGAGCCUCCUGCGGCUGGGCCUCCCGGAGACAGAAGAGAAAGCCCCGCUGGUGGGGUUCAGUCUGACCCGCGUUCGAUCUGGCAGCAUUCGCUCCUACUCAAGCCAGGACUCCCACGACUGUCCUCUCUGGAAGAACAGUAGCAACUCCCUGGUUCUCUUCCUCAUCAACACCAAGGAUCUGCAGGUCCAGGUGCGAAAGUAUGGGGAGCAGAAGAAGCUCUUCAUCUCUCCUGGGCUCCUCCCCCAAGAGCCCUCCGAACUGGGGCUCCCGAAGUCAGAGCACGCGAUCACCCCCAAGGUGGACAGCGGGACCACCACUGCCCCCAACAAGGCCAAGUUGAAACCCACAAUGUCACAAGGAGACCAACAGGGCGUCAGUAGGAAAGACCAGGAGCUGGUGUUGGGCCUGGGCCAUCUCAAUAACUCCUACAACUUCAGUUUCCACGUGGUGAUCGGCUCCAGGGCCGAGGAAGGCCAGUACAACCUCAACUUCCACAACUGCUACAACUCCGUGCCCGGACGGGAGCAGCCGUUCGACAUCACGGUAAUGAUCCGGGAGAAGAACCCCGAGGGCUUCCUGUCGGCUGCGGAAAUCCCCCUCUUCAAGCUCUACAUGAUCAUGUCCGCCUGCUUCCUGGCUGCCGGCAUCUUCUGGGUGUCCGUCCUCUGCAAGAACACGUACAAUGUCUUCAAGAUCCACUGGCUCAUGGCCGCCCUGGCUUUCACCAAGAGCAUCUCCCUCCUCUUCCACAGUAUCAACUACUACUUCAUCAACAGUCAGGGCCACCCCAUCGAAGGCCUCGCUGUCAUGCACUACAUCACGCAUCUGCUGAAGGGCGCCCUCCUCUUCAUCACCAUCGCCUUGAUCGGCUCCGGCUGGGCCUUCGUCAAGUACGUCCUGUCUGACAAGGAGAAGAAGAUCUUCGGGAUUGUGAUCCCACUGCAGGUCCUGGCCAACGUGGCCUACAUCGUCAUGGAGUCCCGAGAGGAGGGCGCCAGCGACUAUAGGGUCUGGAAGGAGAUCCUCUUCCUGGUGGAUCUCAUCUGCUGCGGCACCAUCCUCUUCCCCGUGGUCUGGUCCAUCCGGCACCUCCAGGACGCAUCUGGCACUGACGGGAAGGUGGCAGUGAAUCUGGCCAAGCUGAAGCUGUUCCGGCAUUACUACGUCAUGGUCAUCUGUUACAUCUACUUCACGCGGAUCAUCGCCAUCCUGCUGCGGGUGGCCGUGCCCUUCCAGUGGCAGUGGCUGUACCAGCUCUUGGUGGAGGGCUCCACUCUCGCCUUCUUCGUGCUCACGGGCUGCAAGUUCCAGCCCGCAAGGGAUAACCCGUACCUGCAGCUGCCCCAGGAGGACGAGGAGGACGUGCAGAUGGAGCAAAUAAUGACAGAUUCUGGGUUCCGGGAAGGCCUGUCCAAGGUCAACAAAACGGCCAGCGGGCGAGAACUGUUAUGAUGAUGUCCCCACCUCGGACAGUCCUUCGUCCUCCUUCGUCCUCUCCUCACACGUUCCUCACUGUAGCAUCUCCCAGAGCGCGGCUGGGAGGAGGAGGAGGGGGCCAGUGCUCGUACGGCGCCCAGCUCCCCGAGACCCGAGUUCCUGGAGCCUGUCCCGAAGAAGACAGACAGCCUCCCACCGCCUCAAGUGCUGAGCAGCCCUGUCCCCACCCGGGACCACCCCCUACUUGCAGCUGUACAAUGAUGACCAGUCUGUUUUCCU